UUCUGCAAGCUAGGAAGCCAUGUGGCCGUGGUUGGUAAAUAAAGACCUUAGCUAAUUUUUAACAAGAUUUUUUUCGCCACAUAAUUUUGUUUACUGGCGCUGGCUUUUGCACAGUCGGAGCAUCCAAAAUGUCUGCGGGCCUCGUGAACCUCCAGGCGCAGGUGGAGUCUGUGCUGGGAGCGCUGGUCAAAGCUGCCACGGUGGAGUUAACCAAACUGUUCGAGAGCAAAUAUCGAGCCUCGGCGCUGCUGGAUUUGGAUGUGGGCCGCACUGAGGACAAAAAGCAGAAUAACACACUGGAUAGUGGGGACACAAGACGCAGCAUUGGCGUGCAAGUGGACGAUGACAUUUAUCCGUCGUUGGAGCUGUCUGGCCCCCCUUUCUUCUCAGACAGCGAUUGUUCGAGGAAUUGCAGAGAGUUGGAGGUGGAGGUGGUGGAGGGGUGUCUUAUUCCAUCAGAAAUCCUCCUGGCUGAAGAUAAUGGCCCAGUUGACCCCGAGUGGUCACCUCUGAAGGAACAGGUUGUGACGGAGGCUGCAGACAUGGUGGAGUUAAGCGGGUUUGAAGCAGACUCUCUGACUGAUAAUGAUCCACAAACAGAAGUUGUUUUGCAUGUCUGUGCAGAGACAUGGACAGAGACAAUAAAACAUGGAUCUACGCAAAGCUCUCCGGCUAAACAAAGGCCUCUCGUGAUCCAACCAGAUACACGUGACGUCAUUUCUGGAGAGAAGAUUAAGUUUGUCUGCCCGUUGAUUCUAAAGCCAGAGCUUCCAGACCCCAAAUCUGACAGUUCGGAGAAACCUGUUCAAACCGAGCCCCCGCAAGUCUGCGGCAGCACCGCCAAGGGCAAUGCCUACAGUCCGUCCGUGUCUGAUGGUGCUGUGACUCCUGCUCAGGUUGGUAUUUGGGAGCGGAUCCACGCGCCAAAGGAGUCAAAGAACAACCUCCACAUGAAACUGAAACUGACUUCUCCAGACCUAAAGCUUAAGCUUCCCUGUGCGGUACAUCUGGUGGACGUGCUCACUGUGGCCGAGUCAGAGAUGAAGCUUCAAGAUGCCAAAGGUCACAAUGCUAACCACAAAAGUCGCUGGCCUCUGCCCAAAGACCUGCGCCGCCACCAAGGUCUUCACACCGGCCACCGUCUCUGUUGCUUCACCCCCUGUGGAAACGGCGUUUGGCGGCUCCAGAAGGUGGUCACCCACUCCCGUGAUGGAUACCCUUGCAGCAUCUGUGGAAAGACGUUCAAGCGGAGGAAGAUACUCCGGAGGCACGAGCGCUUUCACACUGGAGAAAGACCCUAUUCGUGCUCGAUAUGCUGUAAGACGUUUGCACUGAGGAAGAGCCUCCGCCGCCACUUGAGGUUCCACACAGGGCAGAGACCGCACAUCUGCACGCAGUGCAACAAAAGCUUCCGUCUGCGAGAAAAUCUGAAAGCACACCUGAGGUUUCAUACUGGGGAGAAGCCUUUCAACUGUGCCACUUGUGGCAAGAUGUUCAGGAUCGCAAGGAAUCUGGAGAAACAUAAACUGAGCCAGUGCGGCUCCUUUGUUCCUUCAUUCAAGACAAUCGCUGGCUUUUAGCUGUGGUAAAACAGCCAUCGGUGGACAGUUGUGGUGGUUGUACUACUUUCUACCUCAGACUGAAAACACUGUAUAGCUUUUGUAGACGACUGUCUUGUAACAUUUAGAUAAGAAAAAUAAAGCUGUAAGUGGAACAGAACCCAUGAUCUAGAUUGAUUACUUACACUCAGACAUUCAAGAAAGUUAAUAUUUUAAUGACAAAUAAGAUGGAGAUGCAGUGUGAUGGGGCAUUUUUUUUAGCAACUUCUACUACUGAUAGUUCUGUCUUAAUCUUCUUUGUUUCUCAUUGAUUGCCAUCAUUUCACCUAAUGUGGAUCAACAGUGGGUCUGGAACACGGUGCAAGAGUUGUGCAACUACAUGUCAGUUUUAAGCAUUAAACCUUCUGAGAAACACAUGAUUAGUCUGCCAAGAAUACUCACCACCUUGAACAGUUAAUCAGUUAAACUACAUACUUUCAUGCUGCAAUACUGCACUGCUCCUUGGAGAUUGUGUGUUGUAAAUGUGUUGGAACACAUCAGUAAAAUUUUAUGCUUUGGUUAAAGUUCUUGGUACAGAUAGAAGAUAUCUGGGGGUUGUUUGGUUAAGCAAAAUACAGAUCCUUACAUGCCAACAUUUGUGUAAUAGUUAUAUAAAAUAAUUUCGCAUAUGUUUGUUUUUAAUGUCUGAACUCUUUUUAUGUUGUGCUUUUUCAAAACUUUAUACAAAUGUCUCUUAUUAAAAAAAUGUUUAGUUUUGUAUUCAAUUUAUGAAUACUGGAUGUAUGUAGACUUCUUUCUUCUCAUGACCCAGAUUUCAACGACUUUCCAUGCUGACUUUAUGAUAAACCUGUUCUCAAUUUUAAAAAUUUUUAAGAAUUCCCUUUGGAAUACAAAAGUACUCCGAUAUGUGAACAUAUGAUCAAACAAAUGUGAUAUGUUUGCUUUUUAAAUAUGGUUUUAAAAAGUUUUUAUAUUCUUCAUUAUUGAUACUCUACAUAUU